GAAUGUCUAUAUAGGCCAAAAGCCGCGUCCAGUCGACAGGCGGUCCACCAUGGCCUUUCUUUCCGCAAUACUGCCCAUAAUGGGGCUGACCCUUGUAAUGGCUUUGGAUGGGUCCGAGUGCCCUGGGGAAGGGAGAUUUUCUGAUGCCAGCACGUGUGGUGGCUUUAUCGAGUGCAUAGCUGACAAGACUGGUGGCUACAGUGUGAAAAGGGACCACUGCAAUGGAUAUGUCUACAAUGCUACAUCCAUGACUUGCUCACAAACACUGUGUGACUCGCGUCGGGAACGUAGCGUUACCAACGACUACCAUCCCUUGUCGCAAGUGUGUGAAAGCCAGCCUGACCGUUUCCUGUGUGCCAACUGCAAGACCUUGGUUCAUUGUGUAAUGGGGCAAGCCUUCGUUCGUCAAUGCAUUAAGGAUUUCUACUGUACAGAAAAGCCUGGCUUUGGAGGUGCUGUAUGCUACCCUGAUGAACCAGCUGCUUGUCUGUGUUUGAAUCCAAAUGAGUUUCGUGUGGAUCCCUACGACCCACAGAGGUUUUUCUCGUGUACAAAUCCUGGCUCCCAACCACAAAGCUACAAAUGUCCAGAUGGUAUGCAGUUUGAUGAGAACUCUGCCCAGUGUCUAAGCAAGAGUGGCUACCCACAAUGUGUAAAAUCUGGAACCUUUGCCAACACCCAAAACUGUGGGGAAUACUACUCUUGCACUUCCUUGAUGCAAGGCUGGGUGCAGAAGUUCUUCAUGUGCAGUGGAAACCAUUUGUUCAACGAGAGAACCAAGAAAUGUGAAGAUCCUUGCAGCUUGAAAUUUGUGUGCCAACGAGAGGGAAGAUUUCCAGACCCUCUCAACAUGCAGCAUUACUUCGAAUGCUUCAUGGAAUCUGGCAAAAUGGUAAAGCAGCGUUACCAGUGUCCCAGUGGUUACAUGUGGUCUGAGGAAAGCUUUGGAACAGGGAAAUGUGUGGAGGCAACAGAUGAGUACUUGGGUUAUCCAUUUGCUCACUGCGACAUACCUGAUGACCUCUGUCCAGAAACUGAUCCAUGUCUUCAGAAUCCUUGCUACAGUGGAGUUGCUUGCACUUUCACAAGUGUAGCACCUUUCUACACCUGUGGUGCAUGUCCUGCAGGAUUCACUGGUGAUGGAGAAACGUGUGAUGCUCUACAGUGCCCUGUUGGAUUUGCUGGUAUUGGUGGCGACUGUGCCCCUGACUCUGACCUCGACGGCUUCCCAGACACUGAACUAGGAUGUUCGAGCAAAUACUGCCGUAAGGAUAACUGCGUCAAUAGGCCUAAUUCGGGGCAAGAUGAUGCUGAUGGGGAUGGACUUGGUGAUGCUUGUGAUGCCGAUGCUGAUGGAGAUGGAUUGAACAGUAAAUCGGACAACUGUCCUCUGACCCCCAACUCUAAGCAAGAAGAUGCAGACUCUGAUGGACGAGGUGACGUCUGUGACAACUGCCCUGCUAUGUCCAACCCAAGCCAGAGGGAUAUUGAUGGGGACCAAAUUGGAGAUGACUGUGACGAUGAUAUCGACAAUGAUGGAUCCCUGAAUGCAGCUGACAACUGUCCCUUGAUGGCCAAUAGUAACCAGGCAGAUGCUGAUGGUGACGGCCUUGGAGAUGUAUGUGACAACUGUCCCCUAAAUCCUAAUCCUGGACAGGAAGAUGUUGAUGAAGAUCUUCUGGGAGAUGCAUGUGAUGACAAUAUUGACUUGGAUGGUGAUGGUGUGGAGGACAGUGCAGACAACUGCCCAUCUGUAGCCAACAGUAACCAGCAGGAUGUAGACGGUGAUGGCGAUGGUGAUCUAUGUGAUUUAGACAGUGACAAUGAUGGCGUUAAUGACCCUAGUGACAACUGCUUCCUUCUACCUAAUCCGGGCCAAGAAGAUGCUAAUGGUGACGGCCGUGGUGAUGCUUGCAGCACCGACUUCGAUGGUGACAGAAUAACUGAUGCAAAUGACAAUUGCAUAAAGAACCCCAAUGUAUAUGCUACAGACUUUAGGCAGCUCCAAAUGAUAGCUUUAGAACCACAAAGUGCAAGUGACCCUCCAGUAUGGGUAGUCUACGACAAUGGUGCUGAGAUUCAUCAGAUCGUAAAUUCUGAUCCAGGUCUAGCCAUAGGCAAUGACGUCAUGAAUGAUGUAGACUUUGAGGGAACUUUCUUCAUUGAAGAUACCAGUGAUGAUGACUUUGUUGGCUUCGUAUUUGGCUACCAAAGCAAUGCCAAGUUUUAUGUUGUGGCAUGGAAGAAGGGACCACAGGACUGGUUUAACAAGGCUGAGAGGGGCAUUACCUUGAAGCUGGUGGACUCUGCUACAGGCCCUGGCCCAGCACUUCGGGAUGCUCUGUGGCUAACUGGUACCACACCAAAUCAGGCAACCUUGCUCUGGCAUGACGGCAGCAUUGGCUGGUCCCCAAAUGUGGCCUACCGCUGGCAACUUCACCACCGUCCUGAUAUUGGCACCAUCAGGUUCUAUUUGUACCGGGGUAAUAAUGAAGUCAUGGACUCUGGCAACAUUUAUGAUGACUCCCUGAAAGGAGGAAGACUAGGACUGUACUGUUUCUCGCAAGAGGAGAUUAUUUGGUCUAAUGUGAAGUAUACUUGUGAAGAUGGCGUCCCCCAAGAAAUGUUCGAUGACCUACCACAAAACCUUAAGGAUCAGGUGCUAAAUACUACAGGUAUUAGCACAAGAAGUCUCUUUACCAUUGGUGGGAUGGGGGCUCAGGAUAGAUCUCUAUUUCAGGAACCUGAAGGAGAGAAUGGAAAUCGUGCAUCAAAUGGCAAACCCAGAAUGAAUUGGGUCCAGAAGCCUUGCAAUUAAUUUUAGUUUACAAAUUGUGGGAAGAAAUUAAUAAAUUUAAUUUUAAUAU